AUGAAAGGCUUGUCCUGCCCCUGCCCUGCCCUGCCCGACUUCGGGCAGCUGGGGUCUCGCUUCAUGGCUGAGGGCUCCAGGACGCAGGCCCCAGGGCAAGGGCCCCCUGUCAGUAUCCAGCUCCUGCGAGCCCAGUAUGAAGGCCUGAGGAGGCAGCAGAGGGCCCAGGCCCACCUCGUGCUGCUCCCGAAAGGAGGGAAUAUGCCUGCUCCUACCGACCCCAUGGUCAGUGCUAUUUGGAUUAACAGAGAGGGAAGGCGCUCGCUGUCCCAGGAGGAGGCAGCUCCUGUGGCAGAGGAGCCGGUGGAGGAGGAUGACCGACACUGUCUGGAGGCCCUCGAGUCUCCAUGGCACACACACCUGGAGAUGCAUCGUUUGGUCCACGCCGUCCCCCAGGGAACCACUCAUCAAGGGAAGCACAGGGGCAAGCUCGUGGGGUCUGACCAAAGGCUCCCUCUGGAGGGAGAGGCGCACCUGUCUGAAAACAACUGGAUAACUCAGCACAGAACCCCAAUCUCCGAGGCAGCCCCGCGUCAGUGCCAGGUGGGAAACACCCACACAAAGGCAGCGGAGUCUGGCUUAAAAUUCAGCAUUCGAUGUCCUCCCUCUGUAAAGCACCCACACAGGUCUGGCAAACCAGCUCACUAUCCCUUUCCUCAGAGGAAAACUCCCAGGAUCUCCCAAGCUGCCCGGAACCUGGGCUUAUAUGGCCCAGCCUGA